AAAUUCAUCCACUCCCCACAUGAGCCACUCAUCUCCAGCUGAGAAUUAUCUUCUGGCCCAACUUCCAGUGCCUGAUAGGCAAUCUCAAGUCAACGCAAACUGAAACUACUUGAUCACAAUUCACGGACCAAUCUCUCUCUCCCUCCCUCUCUCUCUCUCUCUCUCUCCCGAAGCAGAGUUUCAUGCUCUUCCUCUGGUUCGAUGGCAAAGCUUCACAUCAUCCAUGGAGUCCACACCCCUGGCUUCAUUCUCUUCUUCGUCUCUCUUCAGUUCCCACUUCUUCUCACUCUUUCCUCGACCUGCACAACUCAGACCAGUUACUUCAUCAAUUGUGGAUCAAGCAAAAGCCUGAACUAUUCCGACAGGGUCUUUGUCGGGGAUACGAGUUCUGACUCCAUCUCCUUCACAAAACAGAGUACCUCCACGCAAUCCAGCAACCAAUUCUCGACCGUCUCAGAAAUCUACGACACAGCAAGAAUCUUCGGAAGCCCUUCGUCGCAAUACGUUCUUGAUGUAAAUGAUAAAGGUACUCACAUCGUGCGACUCCACUUUCUCCCUUUCGCUUCCACAAGAAAUCUCUCUGAGGCUGUGUUCAAUGUCUCAGUAAGGGGGCUCACCCUUCUCAGCGAUUUCCAAAUUCCCGGUAGUACCAACUCUCCUGUAGUGGAGGAGUUCUUGCUUAGCAUAAAUAGUAAUAAGUUUAUACUUUAUUUUAGUCCUCAAGGGUCAUCCUUCGCAUUUAUAAAUGCCCUUGAAGUGUUCCUUGUGCCCGAUGGAGUCAUUCCUGGUUCUGCUCCGAGUGUGGGCAUUUCAGGGAAAAAUAGCGGCAACUACAGUGGAAUUCCCUCCCAAGUCUCACGAACAGUUUACCGAAUAAAUGUCGGUGGCGAUGAAGUAACUCCGGUUUAUGAUCCUUUGUGGAGAAGUUGGGAUCCUGAUGAUAAUUACAUUUAUCCCCCAAAUGCUGCAAAAGAUACAGCUGGCUAUGGGAGAAAUCUUAAUUACCAGGAUGGUUCUCUAGACAGAUGCUUACCAUCGGAACGCAUUUACCUGACUGCUAAGGAGAUGAAUGCAUCUGCUUGGCCAUUACACCCCAACACCACCUGGGGUUUUAACGUGAGUGCCAACGUCCCACACUUGGUCCGGGCUCAUUUCUGCGACUUCAUUAGCCCGUCUCUCAACACAGUGUACUUUAAUCUCUACAUUUAUGAGAAUUUCGCUGAGUUCAUCGACCCGUAUAAUAAAGAAGGGUUUCGUGAGGAUGCAGUUCCUUUUCAUUAUGAUUACGUAGUUCAACCGGGCAGCUCAGGGUUAGUGAACAUGAGCAUUGGCCUCCUUAGUGCAUCAGAGACAACGUCUCAGCAGGCCUAUCUCAAUGGCCUGGAGAUAAUGGAGAUACUUGGGUCGUGGGACUCACAUUUUGUGCCAUCUGGGGGCGAAAACCAGAAUAAGCACAUUAGCCUCAUAAUUGGUCUAGUUUCCGGAAGCAUCUUGUUUCUCUGCAUAUUUGUAUCUGCAGCGAUCUUCAUAUGCAAGCAUAGAAAGCCAAAGAGAACAGAAAUUUCGGUUUGGUCACCAUUACCUGCAUUCGGAGGAGGCAGUUCUCACAGUAGACUGAUUGAGCAAAGUAACCAUGACUCCAUCGUCCCUAAUUUUCACCUGGGACUGAAAAUACCCCUCGCUGAAAUCCAUUUUGCUACCAACAAGUUCGAUAGCAAACUUUUGAUCGGGAAGGGUGGAUUUGGCAAUGUCUACAGAGGAACUCUCAGGGACGGCACCAAAGUUGCCAUAAAACGGAGCGAGCUGGGGUCAGGACAAGGCUUCUCCGAGUUCCAAACAGAGAUCACCAUUUUGUCCAAAAUCCGCCAUCGCCACCUCGUCUCCUUAAUUGGGUAUUGUGCUGAACAGUCCGAGAUGAUACUUGUUUACGAGUUUAUGGAGAAGGGGAGCUUAAGAGAUCACCUGUACAAUUCCGAUUUCCCAUACUUACCAUGGAAGCAAAGGCUCGAGAUCUGUGUUGGAGCAGCCCGGGGCUUGCACUACCUCCACAGAGGCGCGGCUGGAGGAAUUAUUCAUCGGGACAUCAAGUCCACCAACAUUUUGCUUGAUGAGAAUUAUGUUGCGAAGGUUGCUGACUUUGGUCUCUCCAAGUCGGGGCCUCUUGAUCAAAGUCAAACCCAUGUGAGUACGGGGGUCAAGGGCACCUUCGGGUACCUCGAUCCAGAGUACUUUAAGACCCAACAGCUGACGGAAAAAUCAGAUGUGUACUCAUUCGGAGUGGUUCUUCUCGAGGUGCUAUGUGCUCGGCCUGCUAUUGUCCCUUCGCUUCCUAGAGAAGAGGCGAACUUGGCCGACUGGGGCAUUAGGUGCAUCCAGAAAGGAACCAUCGAGCAAAUAGUGGACCCCGUUCUUGCUGGUGAGAUCAAUCCCAACUCGCUGAAGAAAUAUGGGGAGGUUGCUGAGAAAUGCUUGCAAGAAGAGGACGAAGAGAGGCCUAGCAUGGGGGAUGUGCUCUGGGACUUGGAAUACGCCUUGCAGCUUCAGCAAACUGCAGUGAAAAGAGGGAUGUACGACGACAGCACGACUGACGGUUCGUCGAUAUUGACUCUUUCAAAUGUGAGGAAGCUCCCAUCAUUUAGCACAGACUUGGAGGAAGAGGGCGUGAGCAAAGAAUGGGCGGAUAGCUCAGAGACGUCCACGACUGGAGUUUUCUCCCAGAUGAAGAUUGAUGAAGCCAGAUGAGUUUCACUGUGCAGUAUAUUUAUUCAACGUGUUUCCGAGUAGUUUUCAGAUAUGAAUUGUAUUUAUCUGAUUUAAUGAUAGUUGGGGCUGUUGUAACGUGUAAGCGUAUAAUUGUUUAUUGUACAAGAGAGGGCGACACUGGACCGUGAUAGAUGGGAAAGUGAGAGAGAUUGCACGCCUCUUAGUUGAAGACCUUGAAUAAGCAUUUGUUUCACAGAUUGCACCCCGGAUGUCUUGCUUUGUAAUGCUAGAUGGCUUUUAUAGUAAUGUGCUAUUACAAGAGAUUGCACACCCUGUUUUAUUAUUCUAUUUAAAAGAUUUAAUUUAGACUCGAGGUUUCAACUCA